GGUUCAGGCCGGUCCCAAAGGAGAAUAAGGGGACGGGGCUGAGCAGGCGCAGUUGGGCCAGGCUGGGAGAGAGGGGGGAAGAAAACGGCUCCUAUCGCCGAGGAAAGAGUUAACGGCUCCAGAAACCUAACACCCUGCCGAGCCCGAAGAGGAGAAAAAGGGAAGGGAGCGAGGGAAGGCAUAGACGCUCUUCGGCGGGCUCGGAACCCAAGCCGGCGGUUUGAGGCGCCUGUGUGCCAGCAAGAAGCUAAAGAAACCCCCAGGCCGGCUUCGCGAGCAGAGGUCAGCCAAUGCGCAGGAGGGACUGAGCAGCGAGCGGAGGAGCAACGAGGACUUCUACAAAGACCUGCGGCGACGCGCAUCUCCACUGGGUUCACAAUGGAAGCCAUCCGAAUCCGCAUGCCCCUGGCCUUCCUCGUGCUCCCACUUGUGGUGCUUGGGGCUCCCAGUGAGGAGCUUGGCCCACAGGAAGUCACCACCAGCUUGAAUGGCUGCAAGAGAUGCUGUGACUCCCUGGACGUCCCUGGGUCCUCCAAAGCCGGUCAUGGUGCAGAUAGACCUCACUCUUUGCCAUUUGUAGUGCCAGAAGUUCGCCCAUAUAUCAACAUCACAAUUCUGAAAGGGGAAAAAGGAGAUCAAGGACAGCCUGGAGUUCCUGGGAAAUGGGGCAAAGAGGGACCCCCCGGUGAUCAGGGACCCCAGGGCCCAAAGGGCAGCAAGGGACAAAUGGGGGCACCUGGAGAUCCCUGCAAGCACCAGUAUGCAGCUUUCUCAGUGGGCCGGAAGAAGGCUCUCCACAGUAAUGAAGGCUACCAAGCUUUGAUCUUUGACACUGUCUUUGUGAACCUCUAUAGCCACUUUGACAUGUUUAAGGGCAAGUUCUACUGCUAUGUGGCAGGCUUGUAUUUUUUCAGUCUCAAUGUCCACACCUGGAAUUUCAAGGAGACCUACAUGCAUGUCAUGCGGAAUGACCAAGAGGAGGUCAUUCUCUAUGCUCAGCCCAGUGACCGCAGCAUUAUGCAAAGCCAGAGUCUGAUGCUGGAGCUGCGGGAGAAUGAUGAGGUUUGGGUGCGUCUCUACAAGCGAGAGCGUGACAAUGCCAUCUACAGUGAUGACGUGGAUGUCUACAUCACUUUCAGUGGCUAUUUGAUCAAGCCCAGUCUUGAAUAGCUGUUUUCCUCCAAAGCACAAAUUCAUCCUCCAAACUUCCUCUUGAUUUCCUAUGAACUACUGCAGAUAAUAUAGAAAAUGACCAAAAGAUCUGAAAAGAGAGAGAGCACUGAAGAAAACUUUUUUUUUUUUUCAUUUUCCUUUUGAGAAUGCCAACUGGAAAAAAUAGUACUCUUGGGUCAAAAAAAUUCCAGAAAAGUCAUGCUGAUUUAUUUGUCAUCCUCAAUGGCAGAUGGCAACUGCAAGGUAUGGGCUGGAAAUCUUAAGUGGUCUUAUGAAAUUUCUGUAUCUGCUAACUCAGAAUCAUUUUGUGAACAUCUUUGUUUGGACAUGGUUCUUCCUGAGCAGAAUGUUCUAAUUUGGAUUGUUUACAUGAGAGAAAAUCCUUGAUUUGAGUUGUCUCAAGUGAGUUAAGCCUCCAUAUCGAUCUCAAACCAAAUGUAGGCCAGCCAAGAUAUAUUAUUUUGACAUUUCAAGUGCAUGACAGCCCCCUUAUUUUUGCAAAGUGUUCCUGGUGGUAGUUGAUAGGCUGCAGUCGGCCUCACAAAAUUUACACUUGUAAAUGUUAUACAGGGCUGGCAAAUGUAACUGUGAUUUGUACAACUGUCUAGUACACUUGUUAUACACUGUAUAACUUAGGGAUCUCUUCCGUCACCAUGUUAAAAACAUGCAGAAUUGUCCUCAUUAGGAUUUACUUCAGACAGCAAAAGGGUUAAAAAGUAAUGCCUCUAAUUUCUCCCAGAAAUCAGAAGGUUCCUAAAGAGGUUCCAUGCUGGUGCCCGAAUUCAUGUGUUAUAAUUGAUUGAAUUGCAGCAAAUCUAUAAAUCCAUUACCAAAUCCACUUUCAUUCAGCUGACACAGAUUGAUAUUUCAGAUUUUCCCAUAGGCAGGUCACUCAAAGGACAUGAGUUGGGCAAAAAAUCAGUGGGGCUUCCUUUAGUAUCGCUGUGAGCUGGCCUAUAGCCCAUAGUAGAAUUAGUUACUGAGGCUGGGCAGUGCUUCAGAUUCUAAGGGGGAAAAUUCUUUGCAGCGUGCAUACAUAGCACCUGGCAGCAACUUCUUAAAGCAAACAGAUCUUUUCCAGAGAGCAUGCUGCAGCUGUGCGAUCCUAGGAAAAUAUGCAGCUGUUUUAAAGCAUUUCCAACAAGUGCUAUAUGAUGCCCCCAGAUACUCUGAAGUACCUCUUCCCUUCGAGUCUAAGCCACUGUGUAGCUCUACUGGUUCACUGGGUAAACUAUUCAUUGUAAGGGCAAAAGGUCCCAAGGAAUUAUAAGCAAAAGAAAGAUACAAAGGCUUGCGUAUCAGCUUCUCUCAUUGAGGGCAGCAAGUGCCAUUUCUACAUAUGGAGAGAAAAGGGCCCAGGCUAGCGUUCUCUUGCUAAAGCUCUAAAAGAAAUAGGCUACUCCAAGGAUGGAAAAACAUAGAGGAAAGAAGGUUUCUAGAUGGAACUUUUACUUUCUGAUUCUUACAUGAGACCUGCAAAAAAAUACUGCAAAGUGGAAUACUCCGGUUCAAGAUGCAGCAUACCCUCUAGCAGGAAAGUGCAUUUUAUUCUCCAUUUUCCCUGGUUUUCCAUUCCCCUGCUGUCCCAACAAUCACCAUCAAAUAAGUGCAAAAUAUGCUGCUUGGGGAAUGGAACUUUCUGAAGAACUCUGGAUGCCACCGAUCUAGUCAUUCAGAGAGUGGUCUGGAAGUUUUCUGGAAGUUAACCUUCCAACCCAGAAGUGUCCAUCCAGAAUUUUUCACAUCAUCAUAUCAUGGUAAAUCACAAUCAUUUAAGAGGAUAUAAAGGCACAUUUCUUUUCCUAUCCCAUCCCCAUUUCCACUCUUCACACAACGUAAAAUUAGGUAUGUAUAAGAUAGUUAAGGUGAGCUCUUUUUUUCCCCCCCUAAGCACUGCUUAGUUGAUAUAUGGGAAUUAUAAUGCUGACCCACCAUAUAGGGUUGUGGUCAGGAUACUAUAGAUCAGCUUCUGCCAACCUGGUACCUUGAAGAUAAGGCAGGAUGAUAACCCCUAAUGCAUCUGUUGUAGUCCAAAACAUCUGGAGAGCACCAGCUUGGGAAAGACUGCUUUAAGUAAAACACUGAGCAGUUCUUAAAGUGUGACUUAGAUGCUAAAGAAUUCAUAUCAUGAUGCACUGUAUGUUAACAGUACCUUUUGUGUAUGGAUGGUGAAUAUAUACAGACACCAUGCCUUAUGCAUUUGCUGCCUCUUCCACUCACGGGUAACUAAGCAUGGUACAACAAUAGGUAAUUUCAAACCAAGAGGCUUCUCAGUCUAUUCAGAAAAAAAUGGAGGUGGACAGGACAUGCAUUUUUGUUUUGACCUGGUGGGUAACCUUGUACGGUGGGGCUGUGGGAAGUGUCAGGGUGCCUGUUUUUGUAAUACAGGGAAGGCUGUAGCUGAUUGCAUAACAUACUGAAUUCCUUCUCUCUGCAAAGUAGUGGUUAAAAAACCAGCUGUUGGCUGUUUGCAACACAUGGCGUCCCUGUGUCUCCGGAGGGAACAACCAGAAUUUCUAGCACUGAAUUGCUUCCAGAUGUGAGCCCUGAACUCUUUGAGCCCUUGCCUCAAUUCCUGCCUCAGCAGAACUCCCUCAAGUGCUUCUCCUGGGAAGCCGCAUCUAAAGCACAAGGACAAAGUCUGUGCAUAGUUGUUAUGAGGCAGUAGGCCUGCUUUUUGGUGCUAUAUAAAAACCCUUAUAAUUCUUGGUGCUAAAGAAACUUUUGAUGCCAAAUUUGACUGAAAAAUAAUUUGACUUUGCUGGGAGAUAUGUUGGGGGUAACAUAGACAGGAAGGCCUGUGGAAUUUAUGGUGCUUUGUGGCAAGUCAAAUCAUCAAACAAUGGUUUGUGUGUGUAUAUAUGUGUGUCUGUAUCUUUUAAAUAUUAAAACUUCUUGAUUGCACUUUGAGUUGGCCUUUUCUUUGUAGGGCUUUUUUCCAUGAGAUUACAAGAUUUUAGUGUCCUUAAGAAGAGUACAAAGGUCAUUUUUAGUGGGAAUAUUUCUAAAAUAUAAGAGAACCAG